AUGGUGAGUUCAAAGAGACUUGCUCAGAUGGCCGAGAAGUGGCAGAGCGUGGCGGGCAUGGGGAGGAAGAGGCUCACCCGGACAACGACAGCGAGAGCCGCUAACGAGUGCUGCGCAACGUCGCCAUCGUCUUCGGUGGCAGUGAAGGGCCACUGCGUGGUGUACACUGCCGACGGAGCGCGCUUCGAGGUGCCGCUGGCAUACCUUGGCACAGCGAUCAUCGGCGAGCUCCUGAGUAUGUCCCACGAUGAGUUCGGCUUCGCGAGCGACGGAAGGAUCACCCUGCCGUGCGAUGCGGCGGUGAUGAAGUACGUCCUGUGCCUGCUUAGAAGGAACGCAUCGGAAGAGGUUGAGAGGGCUCUCCUGAGCUCUGUGGUCAGGACUUGCCACCAGGAUAGGAGCACGGAGGUAUCCAUGGGAGUUAGAUCAGCUGUUUCUAGUUUCUGA